GUGUGCUCGAACCUCUCACGAGCAUCGACGGCGGGUGAAGAAUGGAGCGGAGCCGCUAACGUCUGCUAGCGUGAAACAUCAGCAACAACAGGCAGCACCAAAUCUGGAAACCUCACAUUUUACCCCCGGGCAACUGUGUACAUUGGGAGGCAACGAGCACGCAAGCCGCGUCCUGGCCGUAUAGAUUCACCACAAAGAAGGUCUCCUACCUUCUCCUUCUUGGGACAAAUGUUGAGGUCUCACAACAGUUAGAGGUGUCGGGGCGAGGACCGGGAGGAGCGUUGGCCAACUGCACCAGGUUUUGUCCCAUGAGCGUGACUGUGCCGUCCAGGCACCGCCAGUGACCAGGGCUGUGGCUGUGGUGGGCCCGGCCCAGGAGGCCUCCUCGUUCAUCACUCCGGGCUCCCGCUGACCUGCGCUGCUCACACCAUGGAUCAGCAAAGAGACAAAUAUGGCGAGCGGCCAGCAAGGGCCACUAAAGUUUCCCAGGGAAGCCGCAGCGGACACUCACGGCCAUCUGGCUCCUCAAGCUCCUCUGGGGUUCUUAUGGUGGGGCCUAAUUUUCGUGUGGGCAAGAAAAUCGGCUGUGGAAACUUUGGUGAAUUGAAGCUUGGUAAAAAUCUCUACACAAAUGAGUAUGUAGCCAUUAAACUGGAACCAGUGAAGUCAAGGGCACCACAGCUGCAUUUAGAGUACCGGUUCUACAAAACGCUGGGGACUACAGCGGAAGGUGUGCCCCAAGUGUUUUACUUUGGGCCCUGCGGAAAAUACAAUGCCAUGGUUCUGGAGCUGCUCGGCCCCAGUCUAGAAGAUCUCUUCGACCUUUGUGACAGGACCUUUUCACUGAAGACUGUCUUGAUGAUCGCAAUUCAGCUGAUUUCUCGAAUGGAGUAUGUGCACUCAAAAAAUCUCAUUUAUAGAGACGUAAAACCUGAAAACUUUCUCAUCGGGCGGCAAGGGAACAAAAAGGAACACAUCAUCCACAUCAUUGACUUUGGCCUGGCCAAGGAGUACAUCGACCCCGAGACCAAAAAACACAUUCCCUACCGGGAGCAUAAGAGCUUGACUGGUACUGCUCGAUAUAUGUCCAUCAACACACACUUAGGCAAAGAGCAAAGUCGGCGAGAUGACCUGGAGGCCUUAGGCCACAUGUUCAUGUAUUUCCUUCGUGGGAGUCUACCUUGGCAAGGACUAAAGGCUGAUACGUUGAAAGAACGAUACCAGAAGAUUGGAGACACAAAACGAAACACUCCUAUCGAGGUCCUCUGUGAAAACUUCCCAGAGGAGAUGGCCACCUACUUGCGAUACGUGAGACGGUUGGACUUCUUUGAAAAGCCAGACUAUGAAUAUCUGAGGACUCUGUUCACUGAACUGUUUGAGAGAAAAGGAUACACGUUCGACUACACUUACGACUGGGUGGGCAGACAGAUUCCGACACCGGUCGGGUCUGUCCAUAUAGACUCUGGAGCAUCCGCAGUCACGAGAGAGAGCCAUCCUCACAGAGAUCGACCCUCACAGCACCAACCGAUUAGAAAUCAGACAGCAGUCUCAGAUCGACGAGGAGCAUGGGAGGUGCAGCCCACACGCCAAGCAAACUCCUCCUAUCUGACCUCCCACCUGGCAGCGGACAGGCACGGGGGCUCAGUGCAGGUGGUCAGUUCAACCAACGGGGAGCUGAACGCAGACGACCCACUGGCAGCUCAUUCCAACGCUCCGAUUACAGCUCAGGCAGAGGUGGAAGUGGUCGACGAGGCCAACUGCGUGAAAAUGCUCAACCUGUGGUGCUGCUGCUUCUUCAAGCGAAAACGGAAGAAGAACACGCCGAGGCACAAAUGAUCAGCCAGCACCAGCCUGAAACGUUUCAAGUGUCGUCUCAGUUGAUUGUGAUUUCAGAAAUCAGUAAGGUCCCUUUCAGAAUAAAAGCAGGAAUCAACAGCAAGAUCUAGAUUGAGUUGUUCUCUGGGACCAGUCAAAAAUAGUUUGUCGAGACAUGCAAGACGCUUUCGUCUUUUGAUGGGAGUCAUUUUCAGUUCCUUCCUCCUUUUUUUUUUUCUCUUUUUCCUCUGCCAUGAUGUUUGGGAAUGUUUUGCAGGUCAAUCGGCCAAACUGGGAACCUUUUUGUUGGAUUUUUGCAGAGGAUAAUCUUGUUUUGCUCUGUUUUUUUUUUUUUUUUUUUUUUUUUUUCCCCUUCCUCGAGACACCCAGCAUUUGUAUUUUUCUUUCAUUUUUGGGGUAAUUUUUGUCCAGUUUUUCUUCUGUGGUGACGCAAAGGAAGAGACAGAUCUUCCUGUGGAUUCUUGCCACCUUCAUCGUGUUGCGUACAAUGAUUUCUGCUUGACUCACAAAAAUCAUUUCCUCUCCAUCAAGUCCCGGUUCGACGCGGUUUGUUAGUUUGCUAACUCGUUCUGACGCGAGGCCCUUUUUCCUGACGUGGGACUGAAUGUAAACGUGAACACAGGAGGAGUGGGACUGCCUACAUUCACAUACAGGCACAAAGAGCAUCAGUCUGCCAUUCGGCCCCUGCACUUUUUUUUUUUCUCGUUUGUUUUCCUCCGAAGAGGUCGAGCCUGGCACUGGGACUUGGGCCUGAGAGAACAGAAGACCAGAGAUGACCUGGCACUGUAUUCUCCGAGGAUGAUUUCCGCUCACGCUUCUUGGUUAAAGCACUCCCCUUAACCGCGCUGCUGUCAGAAUACACUACAGUCUCUUUUGACUCUUGUGCAGUUUUUGCUCCUGUGGUCUUUGUGAUGAUGAGCAGCAACCUGACACUCGUCGAUGGGGCUCGGGGAAAAAAAAGAAAAAAAAAAAUGCUAUUUAUGCUAUUUAUCUCUUGGUUGCCACCAGUUUUCCUACUAAUUCUAAAGCAUACACACUGAAUGUAUGGGCAGAAAUGUAAAUGACUCGAGAGCAUUUAUAUGACCUGUCAUGUGCAUGGGAAGGAAAUUGCAAUUAUGGAGUUAAGACCAAUGUUUAGAAAUAAGGUGAAAACCGAGCCUGAAACUGAGCAGGUUUUUUUUGGGUUAAGAGGGUCCUAAAAGCUCUUAAUAACGGACUUCUCUACACCAGUGGACUUUGGGGGAUUUUGGCUUUGGAGUGAUCAGAAAGUGGCUCAAUGUGCUUUGGAGAAUCGCAGCCUCUUAAAAUGCUUCUGUCCAAUGCCUUAACCCCUCAGCCAACCGGCAACCGACCGACCGACCGACUGACCGCCGCAUCCCAUCACCAGUUGGAUCACAAGUCAGCAGCGUGGUGGUUGUGAGGUUUGUCCAAACUUGCAGACUGUUCCCGGCUAGUAUCAAGAGCAGUUAAUGACUUCCCUUGUUAACACACACACACACACACACACACACACACACACACUGAAGAUGUAUUCCACGAGAAAGCAAUGCCAAAUGGAAGGCUUGGCGUAACAGCGGCGUGUAAUGGUGUUAAAGAUGUCCCCUCCCCUACGUGUCCAGCCUGAAGGCCCCUGUGCUGCAAAGCGAUGUUUGGACGAAGAAAAGCUGAAACGCGGUGCCUCUCCUCGGCGCAGAGGGGGGAAAAAAAUCGGCGUGAGAGAGGGGCGGAAAAAGCGAACAUGUCCAUACCAGUUUUAUUCUUAAUUUAGUGUCAUGGAGGACUGCCUUGAAACAAUAUCCUCGAAAAACGUCACCUUGCCUAUCCUCCUAGCAGAGAGUGAUUGACCAUUCAUAGGUGUUUUUUAUUUUUUUAUUUUACAUCUUAAUGCUAAUGUGAAUUUGUUGAAUGCAUUGUUGUUGUGUACGUGUUUUUUUUUUUUUUUUUUUCUCAUUCCAAAUAGCCAUGGUUUUAUGGGGAAAGAGAGGGUAAACAAAAAACAAACAAAAAAAGCUUGAGACCAUGACUGCACUACAUUUGUUGACCCCGGCUUUCCCUGACAAGACCCUGCCUUCUUAAUACUGUACUUUAAAUGUGCUUCUUACUUUAUUUGUAGCUGCCUCGUGUGCUAGGCCUUCCCUAUAGGGUGCAGGGAAUACACUUUAAAUUCAUUUCCUUUUUUUAUUUUUUAUUUUUAUUUUGUGCCAUGUCACCCUCCACCCGCCCAUCUUCCCUCUACAUACAUACACAUACAUACACACACACACGCGAGUCCGAAAUGAGUGUUGGCGGACCUGCGCCAUCAUCUUUAGAAUUACAUUGUCGUAGAUGUUGCAAAUUAUCUCAAUGAAUCAGUAUGUAAACCUGCUUGUUAUGUGUAUUUACACUGUAUAGCUUUUGGUUUAUUUUGAACCCCCCAACAUGUCAAUUACUCCGGGGUCUAAGUUAUUGUGUUAUCGAAAGUACUUGAAUAUGAAAAUCUACGGGACCUUUUCUGUUUUUGUUUUUUUGUUUGUUUUUUGUUUUUUUUGUUUUUUUAUUUUCUUGGUCGUUAUAAUCGUAAUUCCACACAUAGGAUUUUAGGGGAACGGUGGGAAUAACAGGCUAAUUGAAUGACAGGUAUUCAUUUCUUUGAGAUGUCCUAGUGCCUCUUGAGUGUAUUGGACAGGUGACGGUUGUUGUGCCGGCCGGCUGGUGUACAUGACCGGAUGAGGGUCAGGGCCGUCGUUUCCACCAGGAAGAGGUGCAGUUAGAUGUUGGUUUGGAUGUUGAAAAAAAAUCGCUUCUUUGUCUUUGUGAAAACAUUCAUGCUUUUUUGAUCUGGUGUCGGUGGAAUCCUUCAUCCCUUGAUUUAUUUUUUUAUUUUUUUGAGACGCCAAACCUUUGACAUCAGCUGCCUGUGAUUCUCCCCGUAAAGCAUCAGCGGCAGCCAGACUGUUUCAUUCCAGCUACCUGAGAAAAGCUCAAAGUAUUCUGUGUAGUGAGAUGGAUAUCAAGACUAUAUAGCCUUCAAUGUUCCCCCCUGAAUUCCCUGAGUGCCAUUCCUGAGACUACUACUACUACUACUAGCCCAUGCCUUUAUCUGUGCCAGGAAAAUAUGAAGUUGAAUGUCUUUUGACCAUCGCGUUCCACCGUGUGUCCUUGAUGUGUCCGCUGUCAUUUUAAAAAAAAAAAAAAACAAAUGAUAAAAAAUAAAAAAACAUAGAGCAACGAUGGCUCAGCUCAGUACCAGGAAGUGUUUGCGGAGUGUCAGUAAAGUGUUUCUUACGUUGUAACCCAAAAGAAAACAUUACUUCAGAGACGAAAAUUUGUGGCCGAUCAUCUUCGCAGCAUCUGCUUCUUCCUCAAACCGUCGGUCGUCCAGCUCCGUUAGCUCGCGGCUAGAACGGUGGACGUGGAUAUAUAGCGCUCGUGUAUUUACUUUUUUAACUCUCUGGGCAUCGUAACAGAGCGAUAUAGGAGUACUCUGUGUGAUUUGUAUCUGCAUGGCUUGCCUGGAGAUGAUGAACGGUGGCCUCUUUUCUCCACUGGAUUUCCUCACCUGUAGGGCUCGUGUGCUGUCGGGUCAGUGAGACGUUUAAGUCCUCGUGUAAAGCAAAGAACCUUUUCACGCCUUUCUCGCGGCACAUUCCUUUUCGGUUCUCAUCGUUCCUCACGCGGUUUCACUCCAGCCAGACUUUUUAUGGCUUCGGUUGCGUGUCAGUCAUUCUCGUGUGUCAAAGCUGUGUAAAUCAAAGCAAAGGACAGUUUUAAGUGUGAAUGAAUGGCUUCUGUCUUGUUGGGUUUCUCUGGCACUUUUUCCUUGUUGCUGUACUGUAGAAUUGUGUUGGAUUUACUGUAUAUUUUUCUUUGAGGGAGAGGUUUAGGGUGACAUUAACUGCAAUAUUGUGAUGAUUAUUUGAACUGUAAAUUGUACAGAGUUCACAGUUGUAGUCUUUGUUUUCUGUUGGGAAUCCAUAUGAAAGACGUAUUCUUUGAUUAUUUUUUUUUUUAUUAUUUGAUUUAUAUAUUUUUUUUCUCAGACUGUGGAAAAUCAAAUUGUACAGCUCCAAGAGUUUAUCCUCCCCUCAGCAUUGUUUUUUUAGAGCCAUGAUUAAGAGAAAUCUUAAAUGUAAAUAAAUAUUAUUGUGUUGAAAUAUGAAUGUCACUUCAAAAAUGUAUUUGAAUGAGUUAGUCAAGGGCUUCAAGAAUGAAGGACCCACAUUUCUUCUUUUUAUGGUUUCAUAUUUUUAAUUUGCAGAAAGGUAAAGGUCCUUUUAUCUGAAAUGCCUGUUUUUUUGUUUUGUUUUGUUUUUUUUCGUUCUUGGAUUCAUAUAAUAAUGUGUCACUCAUGAACCUUAUAAAAAUCACUUUUUAUUCCCUCCACUCCUAAAGGGAAACUCCAGUUUGCACCCUUUUUUAUGUAAAAUAAAAGAUCUCUCCACCUUG